AUGCAGGCCCGCACAGCGGAGUACGCAACCCUUACUAGGCAUUACUAUAACUUAGCCACCGAUCUCUACGAAUAUGGCUGGGGCCAGUCAUUCCAUUUCUGUCGCUUUUCGUACGGUGAAGCUUUUCAUCAGGCGAUUGCGCGACAUGAACACUACUUAGCGCACAGCAUCGGGAUCAAGGAGGGUAUGAAGGUCCUCGACGUUGGCUGUGGCGUCGGUGGUCCGGCUCGUGAAAUUGCCAAAUUCACUGGUUGCCAUGUCACAGGACUGAAUAACAAUGACUACCAAAUUGAACGUGCUAGUCAAUACGCCGAAAAGGAAGGACUAGCGGGCCAGCUUGAUUUUGUCAAGGGGGACUUUAUGCAAAUGUCAUUCGCCGAUAACACCUUCGACGCUGUCUAUGCCAUUGAGGCGACUGUCCAUGCCCCAACUCUCGAGGGUAUAUAUAGCGAGAUUUUUCGAGUUCUCAAGCCAGGCGGCGUUUUCGGUGUAUACGAAUGGCUGAUGACGGAUGAGUACAACAAUGACGAUUUGCAUCAUCGAGCUAUUCGGUUAGGGAUUGAGCAGGAGACGGUAUCUCCAACAUGUGCAAAGUUUCGGAGGCAUUAG